GAACCUCAAAGUAUAUUCAUUACUAUUUCUAGUUCAGAAAGAACUCCGCAGAAAAUGUAAUCGAUUCAAUCACGAGUAUUAUUUAACCACAUACAACAAUUAUGCCAGAUUAUCCAUCCCCGGAAACUCAGUCACAGCCGGACGCCCAACAAGACGCAUUUUUUGACCAGUCUGAAACAGAGUAUCACCUCACACAAUUAAAUUAUGCCGCUGGUAAUCCCAGUCCCGUCAACGAAGAUGUUACUGGCGUAACUCGAAGACGAACGUUGGGGUCUACAGAGUCGAGAGUAUCUCUAGAAGCACGACAGCCAUCUGAAAAUCACGCGGCAAUGGCAGAGGGCUUACAAGUCGAUGGUGGAGAAGCCCAACCUCCGGAGCUUGGGGAUCUCCCCGUACCUCCACCCUCGACCCACGACGAUGACACGAUAGCCGAACACAGUUGUUAUGUCGAUUCAAAACUUGAAUGGAUUGAGAGUUAUCUUAUUCCUGUAUCGUCCAAAGAAUCAGACUGCUGUCCUAUUUGCCGGGAGAAAUACAACAUAACCUUAGACGAUCCUGCUGUGGAAAACAAAACAAGAUAUUGCAUGGAUUGCGAAAGAUACUUUACUAUGACGCACAAGAUCGACAAAUUUCACAAGGCUUGUGUAAUACCACAAUGCUCGCACGUAUUUGGCAGAUACUGUAUUACUCAGUGGUUGAAGAACAACUCUACCUGCCCCCUGUGUAGGGAAUGGAUAGAAAUAAUGUAAUAGAGAGAUUUUGUCCAUGGAGAUUUUGGGAUAUUUGGAAUAAGUCAGUUUCAUGCAAAGUCGCAGCAUCGAGUCGGCGUUUGGCUGGUGCAUUUGGCUGGUGCAUUUGGUGAUGGCUUGUUCAGCGAUUACACAGGAUAUUAUCGAAGGAUAUUUAGUAAAUAGUGCAGUAAGGCACGUCUAGAUGACAAAGUGAAUGCUACA